AUGCCGGAGCUGGAUAAAAUUUACCCCGGCGAAUAUAGGACUUGCCUGAACAAUCGAGUUACCCGGGUGUUUCCUGUUGCACGGGAAGACUUCAUGGACCCGGUUCAAGAUAGGAAGGGUAAGGCCUACAAAAGGUUGCUGCAGAUACGCGACCGCUACAAUUCAGCACAAGGGAUAUUGAUUAAUAGUUUUAUGGACUUGGAACCGGUUCCAAUUCGGGCUCUGAAGAGAGAUUUCUUUGGGCUGUUAGAAGCCCAAAUGAAUUCGCAGCCUUUUUGGUGUCGAAAGCGUGGAAAGCCUGUCGAUGUUCUUCCCGAGGGGUUUUCAGAGAGGACUAAAGAGAAGGGUCUUGUGGUAGCCUCAUGGGCUCCUCAAAUUCAAGUCCUCAGCCAUGGUGCAACUGGGAUGAAUGCUGUAUUGUUAACUGAAGAUUGGAAGGUUGCCUUGAGGGUUAAGGUGGAUGAAAAUGGACUGGUGGGAAAGAAGAAGUUGCAAGAUUGGCAAAAGCCUAAUUGGAGGAGAAGAAGGAAAGGACUUGGGCUCAAGAUGAAAGAUCUUAAAGGUGCAGCUGCAAGGGCUUUGAGAGAGGAUGGAUCAUCGGUUAAGGCACUUGCUGAAGUGGCUCAUCGAUGGAGUUCCUUUAACGUGCAAAAGUAA